AUGGUGGGACUUGCGGACAAGAAGAAGUCGUACUCAGUGCAACUCGGGGGUAUUUUGUAUAAGGAGCCCACCAAUAAGGUAAUUUUUACCCACUUUUUUAGAUUGUUCUUUAGAUGCAUUUCCGACUUCCGGGAGAACCAUUGACUCUGGUCAUUUUCGAACGCACACUGAUGUUUAUGAGAAAAUUUGAAGUUCUCUACAUCAUUGAGCUGGCUGCGGACUCAGAAUUUUCGUUUUCUAAGCAUCACUUCGAGCUUUUCACCAAGGACGCCGAUCAGGUGGUAAGGACAAUCUAUUUAGACCCAACGGUCUGGUUUCAUUUUAGUUACAUCAUUUGAACUUCUGCUUGGAAAAUCGUGCCGAUGAGCAAAACUUCUGCAAUUUUUUUUCUCGGGUUUUAAAAAAUAAUGCAGAGAAUGGACAAAAGGAUCCUUUGGUAGGUCAUGGAGAAGGUCCUGAACAGCCUGUUGGAGGCACUGCGCUGAACAGUGAGUAUGUCAAAACGUUGGUGACGAAGUUUUCGUCUGAAGCAGGCCGUCUUUUUGGUCAUAUUAUUGUUGACCUGGCUGAAAGUUUUGGAAGAGCCAUUCAGAGUGUCGGAAAACAGCCGCACAUUUCGGAUUCAGCGACUCACACAACCAUCAAACAGUCGGUUAAACGCAAACGCCCUCCUCCCCGUAACACCAGUCAUGGUGAGGUUUUGCGGAUGCUGAGAGACUCCUAUUCGUCUGGUAAGUACAAUAUGAAAUAUUCAGUUUUUGUGUUUAGGUUAUUCUGAAGGCGCUGAAAAGGCUUCUACCGAGUUGUCGGAUGACGGUUCUUUAGAGGACGGAAUAGCACAACACCAAAAGAGGAUUCGAAAAAACCCCGCCAAAAGAUGCGGGCCAAGAAAGGUUUGAAUAUUCUCUAUUCAUGCAUUGCUUUUUUGGACAAUGAUUUAUAUUAUCCGUGUUUAGGUAGCACCAACUCAAGCGGAAGACAACGGUAUCGAGAUUCCUGAAAAAGAAGAGAGCCAGGCCGAGGACAACGAAGAUCCUUCCGAUGACAGUGACGACUCCUCAGAUGAAUCAAACCUGGAAACACAGAGAGAACCCGCCAUUCAGACUAGUUCUAAGGUCUCCUUUUGAUUUUUCAGCAUUUUAUACAUCCUUUAUAUUAUCCAUGUUUAGAUGUCCCCGAUCCAAGCGGAAGAGCGCAAGGAUCAGAUCCCCCAAAAGGAAGAGAUCCAGGCCGAGGACUAUCCUGUCUGUUCCGAUGGUGGCACCGAUUCCAGCGACGAGUUCGAGGCCGCCGUGGUCCCUAUUGGUGCGAGAAGAGGAUGA